AUGAAGGAUGGCCAGUUAAAAAUGAAACGAUGCAUCGUACGGCGAGAGCUUUUACCGGGGCCAUUUCUGAUUCCAGUUAUAGCCUUUCCAUUUAUUAUCCUAUUAUCCUUAUUGAAAUUCUUUGGCUUGAACACCUCACAAAGGAAAAUCCUACCGCUUAGCGCAUACUUUUUACUUAUGAUUCUCAUGAGCUUUGUGGAGCUUGGAGCCCUGUCCUUCGUCUUCGCUCUGCUCCAUUACGCCUUUUGCCAAAAGCUUCCUUUGCCACCAAUUUUCGUCAAUCUUUUUUUGAUUGUUAUCUGCUUGGGGCUCUUUGUAGGAACUCUGUAUGAUCUUGAAUCAGCGAGGGAAUAUCAAGGUAUUCUCACGCUAUCCAUACUCCAAACCUAUGUCUUCCAUGUUUCAUAUCCUUCCUGGCCACUUCCGGACAACUAUAUUGUUGGACGGAAAGCGCCGACUGGAGGAAUUGAAGUUUUAUUUGACAGUAUCCGACUUCACUAUCAACACUGGAUUAUUGUAUUCGGUAUCUUAGCUAUUUUAACAGUAGCUGCUAUUGUUGCAUUGGUGAUGAAUUGGGACGCCUUCGUUUUUUCUCUCUUUUCACGGAGAACGCUUGUGGCCCAGCACAAGCGCAUUCCCGCUCGAGCAGACCUUGCAGAUAAGAGCUUACGGGUUCUAAACAGCAUCAGUGGGUUCUCUGUGAAGGCGCCUCCAGCAAUCCAUCAACUUACCAAAUCAGUCCUGUUCUACUCUGAGCAAGCGAUUACAAGUCAGUCCAUUGAAAUGCAGAAAGUCCAGACACUGUCUUCAGUUUCUGGGCAGCACCAGAGCGAAGCCAGUGCCCUAGGGACGCGUAUACUUGAUGGAGUUGCAGUUUCAGAACGGCGAAAGUUCCCUGUCAAGCUCUACGAUAACCUCUUCACUUCUCCAGAGUUCCUGGUUGCUGCCGUGUGCACUUUAUUUUAUAUUAUCAUCUUGCUUGUGAUGAUCGUCAGAAAGUCCGUACUCCCGACCUUCCUUGACAGGGGGGCUCCGAUGUCGUACAUAUUUCUGAAGCAGAUGGGGCCGUAUCAAGCGUCGCUGUUCAGCACUGAAGAUACCUAUACCGCUAUGGUCCAACGCAUCCGGUCACAGUACACGCUGUCUCCAGAGGAGUGCUGGCUUGACCAGCGGGAGCCCCCCGUUUAUCCUCUUCUCUACGCGUCCCACGAUGUCUGCUGUGCGUAUAACCGUGCCGUUGAGGGCGUGGACUGCACUGCGCUAAGAUCAGGUCCUGCUGACCUGAAGCAAAAGAUAAGGUCCGACCCCGGGCUUCAGUCUGACCCCCCAAACGUCGUCAUUCUUUUCUGGGAAAGCUUGAGUCUGAGUCCGUAUUUCUACACAGACGCGUUCCUUCAGGGACAAGAGCAGCUCCUGCGCUCGGCAGAUGGUAUGCUGAAGGCAACUAUCGUCCCUAACCUGCAGAGGUUCGUACAAGAUGGCAUUUCCUUUGUUAAUUCGGCCUCCUUGGGACUCCCCACAGUUUCUGGAUGGCACUCGCUGAUGACUGGCCUGGUCCCCAACUUCUAUGGGGUGAAUAUGAUCACAUCUGCCGUCACAGAUGUUUAUGGGCUACCACAAUUCUUUUCAGAUGCAGGAUAUAAGAACUUUUAUAUUAGCCCUAGCUCGUUUGCCUUCGACGGGAAAGACGCCUGGGUGACUCGCCCAGGUUGGUUUACUGAUGUUGUAUACUAUCAUCCAACGGACGAGCAGGCCGAGGAGCUCGGAGUGGAUCCAGAGAGUGUUCCUCAAACAAAGUCUUGGGUUGCAGAUCGAAUAACUAACCGACAGUUUAUCACUACCUUCUCUGACGUUGCAGAGAAGGAUCCGACCAAACCUAUUCUGGGUGUUUACAUGAACGUUGACACCCACACGCCCUUCACCGGGUUCGACAAGGAAGAGUUCUACUCCGACGAAGUACUGGAUGGCAUGAUUGCAUCCUGCCAAGCCGAUCCGGAGACCCCCGAGUGCAGGUUCCUGUUGGAUCCGUACAUUGUGAAGUACGCUCGGGUCCUAAAGUACUCCGACAAGUACUUCCUCGGAAAGACCCUGGAGUUUCUAGAAGCUCAUCAUCCCAAUACCAUAGUCGUGAUUGUCGGGGACCACGGCACGAGGGUCUCCAUUGAUAAGAAGCGUCUAAGAAAAGGCGUAAGUGAUGCUUGGACAUACAGCGAGGAGUGCCUUACAGCCGCAUUUCUCGACGACAACGCCUUUGUUACGGGUGCAUACCUACGCUACCUCGGCGGCCCAGGAAAAGGCACCUACAACGCACGAGUGUAUGACUUCUUUGAAAAGUGGAGAGGGACUGCUUAUAUGGGCACCACAGACAACCGUGAAGCAGUGCACCUGGCCUAUCUUCUCGCCGUGGACGAGAAUCGACGCACAAAAGUGCCCAGCUACCGACUCACACGGAACCUGGCAGACGUCCUGCAGAACGCAUCUCUGGGGCGUGUUCUCAGUCCGUGGCACAGUGUUUCUUCUAUUGGUCUCGGGGUAGAGUACAGGACGGAGAGGACGCUCUAUCGAACAAACAGUCAAGACCGAUCUGGAGCGCUGCAAUAUGGGGAUAUUAAGGGCCUCACAUGCAUUGACAUAAUUGAUAAGGGUUCAGGGCAAGCCCGCAAGGACCAGGUCAGAACAAGUCACACACUCCGUGUGGUAGAAGAUAGCGACAUGUACAAUCAGGCGAUUGAACUUGUCCAAUUCCAUAACUUCCUCCUCACUAACGGCCGGGUAUUCCACAAGUCGUUCUCCAACACAAUGUGCGUCGAUGAGUCGUAUGCUGCAGGCACCGAUGAGCCUAGGUGCUCGUUUCCAGCGCCUGAUGGAAAGCGCACAGGCCAGUGGCUGUUCGGGGCGAUUCUGGGCGUCAUGGCUGUUAUCGGUGCCGCAGUCGGUGGGGUACUCUCUUCAAUAGCUUACUGUUGGCGUUACAAGCACCUACGCAAGUUGCUAAAGGAGAAAAUUGCAGGCUCUACGCCAAACUUGUAG